AUGGCUUCGAACGAUUCUGACCCUAGUGAUGCAACCCACACACCCCACCCUUAUCCGCUCAUUCUGGUUAACAAUGACCCCCCGUUGGCAAGACGAAACUCUGGUGGUGACUUGGACGGUUUACAGCGAGCAGCAUCGCGCUCAGGAAUGACACCGCUCGUGAAAGUAAAGUCGUGCACGACGCCGCCACCGGUGCGCCCCGACAUGCUCCGCGCCACGACGGCUGGCGUAGGCCACCCAAGCGAAGGAAUCAACUUCAACGCGCCUAUGGCGGUUUUCAUGAGACCAGAUGGUGCGCAAUUUGCAUAUCGGUCCGUCACUGCGUCCCCCGGGCAAGCUACAAUACUCAAGAACAAAUACAAAACGGCUGUAUCAUUUGACACGAUCGACAUCAGGUAUGAUGACGACGAACUCGAGGACGAUUCACAGCAUGUGCGCCUCGCGCAGUCGCCUAGAGGCCGCAGCACAGACAACCUCAAGCCCGAUCUCAGCUUCUAUCAGAAUACCAGUGAGCGCGUUUUGUCGCCGUCUAGAGACUUCUCCCCCGGCAGGGCUGACAGCUUGUCGCCAGACCACUUCAAAAAAAGCUUCAUGGCCAUGACGGACGGCUUUUCGGAAUUUCAAGACUUUGGGUUCUUGAACAAGGCGUUGAUGCAGGAUCACUACGCCAAAGGUGAUGAUUUACCCAACUCGUGCACGUUGCGCUCACAACAUCGAGACUACAACAAGCUUUACUCUAACCGUAGCCCCGAGGCGCACCACAUCUUCCACAAACGGAAGAUUAUGGUGUACAUUUCCGGCCGCAAGCAUACAUGGGUGGCGCUCGACUGGGUCUUGCGCAAGCUCUUAGCUAACGGUGACAACUUGAUCAUUGUGGCGGCCAUCAAUCAGGAGCCCCUGAAGUGGCGCGGAAGACGCCAUAGUGCGGGGCACAUCUUUAAUAUGGCCAAGAAGAAGCGGCGCAGCAGUUUCUUUGAAGAACCAGACUACCUGGACCACGAGUUGGACGAAGAGGAAUUGGCACAACUCGAGCUAGCAGAGAGUAAAAACUCGCCAGAAAACAUCUCCAAGAUCUCUCAGAACAUCUUAGACUACGUGUACGAGAUCUUGCCUCCCGAGAAGAUUAUCAAGAUCACGAUCGAACUCGCUGUGGGAACCACGAAGGCAGUUUUAAAAGACAUGUUUGACACAUACAAGCCGCACUUGGUCUCUGUUAGUGCGAAGUUGAAGAACUCUACUGGUGCGCCGUUGACAUCGUGGAAGUCAUCGCGGUUGAGUGACCGGUUAGUGAAGAACUUCCCGCUCCCCGUUAUUGUGGUGCCUGCCACCAACAUGGGUGACUUUGAAGAGAAUCUCUUUGAUCUCUUGAAAGGUAGAAAGAACAUAGAGGAGCACGAGCCAGACUACCCGGAUAUAUACUACUCCGACGACAAUGUGAGCAACUUGAACAUGGAUGCGAUAUUAGACGAGGUUCUGCAGCAGCUUGGCAGCACCAGUAUUCAUGACGAAAGUGGCAUUUCCGACGAUGCUGCCUCGAUUGCCUCGGAUUCGGACGGGGUGCAUGAUUCAGAUGCUGAUAGUGGUGAUAACAUCUCUACGCAGUCCGGCCGGGUUCCACCGUACCAUGUUGUAAUCGAGAAGUUCGCCGACGCGGCCAAAACGUUGGAAACAAAGUUGCGGGCGGUGAGUGCCUCUCUUAACGAUGGAGAUGUGGAGAACAUGUUCAAGGCCGAGUUGAGCCUUGUGUCGGAUGCUUCGCUCAAGUUGUGCCGCGAGAUGCACGCCAUGUUGAUGGAAGAUGAAACCGAGGGUGAUAGCUCGAAGCUUGUAAGAAAGCUCACUGGGCUUGAUCACAUGCCACGCAUGACCAAGGUGAAAUCUAUGCUCGAUUACGCGAACGAGCCCAAAGCUCCGAUUAACGGACUGAAUAACGCAGCGUUUUUGAAGCCUCCGCCUUCAUCGUUGAGAUUCCACACACCUACCCCGACGAUUCUUUCCCCCACAAGCAACAGCCCGACCAAUAAAAGCGAAGACACCUUUUCCUUGAAGCCGAUGCGGUCGGCCCCCGCGACAGCGGAGAACACCGACCCACGGCUCACCUACUCACAGAAAGACUCCAGCACCAAAAAGAAAAAGAAGUUUGGUGUUUUCAAGUUCUGGAAAUAA